AGCCCCCAUGCCCCGCCCAGCUAUAAGGGGCCAUGCCCCAAGCAGGGUACCCAGGCUGCAGAGGUGCCAUGGCUGAGUCACACCUGCUGCAGUGGCUGCUACUGCUGCUGCCCACGCUCUGUGGCCCAGGCACUGCUGCCUGGACCACCUCAUCCUUGGCCUGUGCCCAGGGCCCUGAGUUCUGGUGCCAAAGCCUGGAGCAAGCAUUGCAGUGCAGAGCCCUAGGGCAUUGCCUACAGGAAGUCUGGGGACAUGUGGGAGCCGAUGACCUAUGCCAAGAGUGUGAGGACAUCGUCCACAUCCUUAACAAGAUGGCCAAGGAGGCCAUUUUCCAGGACACGAUGAGGAAGUUCCUGGAGCAGGAGUGCAACAUCCUCCCCUUGAAGCUGCUCAUGCCCCAGUGCAACCAAGUGCUCGACGACUACUUCCCCCUGGUCAUCGACUACUUCCAGAACCAGAUUGACUCAAACGGCAUCUGUAUGCACCUGGGCCUAUGCAAAUCCCGGCAGCCAGAGCCAGAGCAGGAGCCAGGGAUGUCAGACCCCCUGCCCAAACCUCUGCGGGACCCUCUGCCAGACCCUCUGCUGGACAAGCUCGUCCUCCCUGUGCUGCCCGGGGCCCUCCAGGCGAGGCCUGGGCCUCACACACAGGAUCUCUCCGAGCAGCAAUUCCCCAUUCCUCUCCCCUAUUGCUGGCUCUGCAGGGCUCUGAUCAAGCGGAUCCAAGCCAUGAUUCCCAAGGGUGCGCUAGCUGUGGCAGUGGCCCAGGUGUGCCGCGUGGUACCUCUGGUGGCGGGCGGCAUCUGCCAGUGCCUGGCUGAGCGCUACUCCGUCAUCCUGCUCGACACACUGCUGGGCCGCAUGCUGCCCCAGCUGGUCUGCCGCCUCGUCCUCCGGUGCUCCAUGGAUGACAGCGCUGGCCCAAGGUCGCCGACAGGAGAAUGGCUGCCGCGAGACUCUGAGUGCCGCCUCUGCAUGUCCGUGACCACCCAGGCCGGGAACAGCAGCGAGCAGGCCAUACCACAGGCAAUGCUCCAGGCCUGUGUCGGCUCCUGGCUGGACAGGGAAAAGUGCAAGCAAUUUGUGGAGCAGCACACGCCCCAGCUGCUGACCCUGGUGCCCAGGGGCUGGGAUGCCCACACCACCUGCCAGGCCCUCGGGGUGUGUGGGACCAUGUCCAGCCCUCUCCAGUGUAUCCACAACCCCGACCUUUGAUGAGAACUCAGCCGUCCAGCUGCAAAGGAAAAGCCAAGUGAGACGGGCUCUGGGACCAUGGUGACCAGGCUCUUCCCCUGCUCCCUGGCCCUUGCCAGCUGCCAAGCUGAAAAGAAGCCUCAGCUCCCACACCGCCCUCCUCGCCGCCCUUCCUCGGGAGUCACUUCCACUGGUGGACCACGGGCCCCCAGCCCUGUGUCGGCCUUGUCUGUCUCAGCUCAACCACGGUCUGACGCCAGAGCCCACUUCCAUCCUCUCUGGUGUGAGGCACAGCGAGGGCAGCAUCUGGAGGAGCUCUGCAGCCUCCACACCUACCACGACCUCCCAGGGCUGGGCUCAGGAAAAACCAGCCACUGCUUUACAGGACAGGGGGUUGAAGCUGAGCCCCGCCUCACACCCACCCCCAUGCACUCAAAGAUUGGCUUUUACAGCUACUUGCAAUUCAAAAUUCAGAAGAAUAAAAAAUGGGAACAUACAGAACUCUAAAAGAUAGACAUCAGAAAUUGUUAAGCUUUUUCAAAAAAUCAGCAACUCCCCAGCGUGGUCAAGGGUGGACACUGCAUGCUCUGGCAUGAUGGGAUGGCGACCGGGCAAGCUUUCUUGCUCGAGAUGUUCUGUUGCUUGAGAGCUGUCGCUUUGUUAAGAUAUAAAAAGGGGUUUCUUUUUGUCUUUCUGUAAGGUGGACUUCCAGCUUUUGAUUGAAAGUCCUAGGGUGAUUCUAUUUCUGCUGUGAUUUAUCUGCUGAAAGCCCAGCUGGGGUUGUGCAAGCUAGGGACCCAUUCCUGUGUAACAUAAUGCCUGCACCAAUGCUAAUAAAGUCCUAUUCUCUUGUA